AUGGACGAUGAAUUAAAUGCAACAUUUAUAACCCUUGACGGCUAUGUGGAGUUGUACAGAUACAGAUAUCUUUAUUUUGUGAUCAUGUUUACAGUGUAUAUUCUAAUUAUCUGCAGUAAUUCAACCAUCAUUUGCCUCGUCUGGAUUCACCAAAACCUUCAUGAGCCUAUGUACGUUUUCAUUGCAGCUUUGUUACUGAACUCUGUUCUUUUCAGCACGGCAAUGUACCCAAAGUUGUUAAUUGACUUUUUAUCUGAAAAACAGAUCAUUUCUUAUUCCACCUGUCUCUUUCAGUUUCAAAUAUUUUACUCUUUAGGCGGUUCAGAGUUCCUAUUGUUGGCAGCCAUGGCCUAUGACAGGUAUGUGUCUAUAUGUAAACCUCUGCAAUAUCCAACUAUCAUGAGAAAAGCCGCUGUGAGGGUUUUCCUGGUUUUAGCCUGGCUCCUGCCAGCGUGUCAGGUUGCAGUACCAGCUGUAAUGAGUGCUAAUAAAAAGCUGUGCAGCUUUACUUUGAAAGCAAUUUUCUGUAACAACACAGUUUACAAACUGCAAUGUGUUGUCUCAAAUACACAAAUUAUACAUGAUUUGGUCAUUUUGCUAAAUGUUGCACUCCUGCCUGUGCUUUUCAUACUUUUUACUUACACAAGGAUACUCAUCAUAUCCUAUCGGAGCAGUAGAGAAGUCAGGAAAAAAGCUGCACAGACCUGUUUACCUCACCUGCUGGUUUUAAUCAACUUCUCCUGUUUGUGUGCAUAUGAUGUUAUCACAGUUCAGCUGGAAUCAGAUUUUCCAAAAACUGUACGUUUAAUAAUGACUUUACAAAUAGUAACGUAUCAUCCUCUCUUUAAUCCAAUAAUGUACGGACUAAAAAUGAAAGAAAUCUCUAAACACCUCAAGAGGUUGUUCUGCCACGAAAAGCAAAGGGAGGAACCACCUAGUAUUAGUGUGGUGUUCCGACUAAAGCGCUUGGUUUUACCAGUCUCCCUGUCCCUGCUGCUGAGAAGACCUCCCAGCAGGCCGUGA